UUGCGUACUUUGCUUGGCGUUCAUUUUCAUAACAAACACACCGUGCUGUACUAAUUUCAGCAGCAUUUACCGCAUUUAUGUAAGUUAUUGGAAAACGGAAUUGAGCCAUAAAAUGCUGCGUUCUUGUUUUUCCCACAUCGUACGAAUCCCACGCUCUUCGCUUCAAACAAGCAUACGGCACUAUGCCGCUCCACCGAAACGGUUCUACAAAAACACCGGCGUCGUUUCAAGCAACGGUCGGUACGAAAUUACGCUCGACAGUCGUAAGCUGAAAACACCGAGAGGAUUACCGUUUUACGUGGAGAGUGAACCGCUUGCUAUCGCGAUUGCCACGGAAUGGGACGCACAGAAGGACGUGAUUGACCGUUCGUCAAUGCAUUUGACCGCACUGAGCAGCACGGUGAUCGAUAAUCCAAACAGUCUGCAGAAGCACGAUAUGGUGAACUAUUUGGUUAAUUACAUCACCACCGAUACCGUGUUGUUCCACUCGAGCGAGGAGCCAGAACUAAAAAAGUUGCAACAGCAAGAGUGGACACCGAUCGUCGAGUGGUGCAACAAGCGGUACGAAAUCAAUCUUGCCUCCACUGAUUCGCUCGUCGUGCCAACGUUUGAACCGGGUAUGGCAAUGAAUUUGAGCCGGUAUUUUUCAUCCUACAAUACUGCUGCACUGCACGGAUUUGUAUUUGCGGUGGACACGAUAAAAUCGAUCAUUCUAACGAUGGCCUGUGUCGACCGAUACAUCCCGAUCGAGAAGGCUGUUCAGCUUGCCCGACUUGAGGAAGAAUUCCAGCAAGGACACUGGGGCAAGGUAGAGUGGGCACACGACAUACAGCGGCUAGAUUCGCAGGCCCGACUUGCCUCGGCCGUACUGUAUAUCUACUUCAACACGAGCAAUGCAUUUGUGAAGGAGAAAAUUUCGCUCUAAAAGUCGAUCCUGCAAGAAGAGAAAAAGCUCGUUAGAUUAAAACAAUUUUAUGCGAAUGUUAAUGGAAACCAUGCUCACCUAAGCGCCAAAAUAGAACGUGCCUCGUUAGCCGUCAGACGCCAGCUGGCCGAUGACGAUUCCCAAUAUUCUGGCAGCUCGGACACACUCUCCAGAUUUAGUAUCGUCCCCAUUUGCAGCAGCUUCGCUAGCUUAUCCCGCACCGACCAGGAUGUUGCACCGGUCAGGAACGAAGCGAGCGCACGAAUUUCCUGAUCGAGUACCAACCCUCCUAACCGGUUGAAGGUCGAUUUCUUGAUGGCCCGUUCCAUGCGUGCCGUUAUUUCUGUCGUCACGAUACUUACUAGCGCAUCAUAGUUGCGAGGCGUGAGCGCCACUUUGAACGAAUUCAGCAGCCCAUCGAUCUGAACGAUUAAAAAUUGCACAAACGUUUCGCUUGCCUCGUA